AAUACGUACGUUAGUUUCCUCGCCCGGACUGCUCGGCGAGUUAAAUAUUUUGAGUCAACGAUCAGCCAGCUAACUGUCCGACGACUCUAGUCGCGAUUUCCUACAAUCCGAUAGAAAAAAAGAUUGAAGGAGACCGUUGUCACGGCUUCUUGCACACAAGUUGUCUACGAGCGUGGUGUAUUUACCGCGAAGGUUCCAGUCAACGCCCAGGAGUCGAAGUAAACUAUCUGUAUACGCGUUCAAUUGUCUUAUGCCGCUUGACGCCGUCGCGACUUUCAUCUGUUCUCAAACGCACGUCGCCGCGCUUCGACAUGUUGCGUGUCGCGGCUACAGUAGAUUCUGCUCGGCCGAGCAGGACUGAUGUUGCGAAUGAGAGUUUCAAUCGCACGAGUUAGAUCUCGGGCUGCUGAAUGUGAAUAAUUCGGUGCGAACGGGUGUUCGGUAUGAGCAAGUGACAUGUCUCAAACGUUUCGCACACCCGAGAAAACGCAAGGACGCAAACGCGCCGCUACUUAUCACUACAAGAGUAGCACGCCGUACAGAAAUGUACCGGUGAGACAUUACAGUUUAUCCUUGUCCAGGAUCGACACAGGUUCCUCCUCGAGCGCAGCGGAGAUCAGAAAGAGACCGCGGUCGAAGAUAUCAGAAAAGCGCAAGAGGACUAAAACCGUCAAGAAAAGGCGAGUAGACGGACGCGGUCAACUGACGGACACUGACAGCGAAUGGGAGACUAAAUCGGAGGGAACCUUAGUCAAGGAAACUUUGACAGAUUUAUCAAGAUCCAGUUCGAGGAACAUUCAUGAGGAACGUUAUGAUGAUGCUCCUGUUGCAUGUUGCAAUUUAUUCGAGGAUCCAGCCUCCCCGGAGAAAGUUCGACACGAGCCGAUUGUGUACGAGUCCCAGGUCGAGUCGCCGAUUCUUCAAUCUUCUCGAAGAUUACGUUUAAUUCCGGCGAAGGACAAUAUCGUGCAGCACAAAAAGUUGCUGCCAGUUUCAAAUCUGCAAUUGUCGAGAACGCGAGACUUUAUUCCAGAAGAGGAGGAAAAGGAGAAGGACGAUGAUAUGCCGAUAUUCCACUGUGAGAGAGACAUAAGGACAUACUCCGCUCCACCGAAGCGCAAGAAAAGCCCGGAACAGAGACCGAAGAAUUUCACCUUUCGCUUGCGAUUCCCCACAGCGACGAGCGAUUUGCUCUGGGACGAGUUCGUCGAGAAAUUUCGCGACGAGGUAUCGCAAUACUUAGCGCCGCCGUCCGCGCGAACGCCGGUCGAGCUGACGGACUCCGCGCGAGGUCUUCCCGAUGUCAGCCGUCUGCGGCGAAGAAUCGACCCAAUACCUCGAGGAAUGAAGCGCGUACGCGAACGUAGCGACGCGGUCUCGCGCAGGUGGGAACCUUGCAGCGAUUCUGAGCGGGAAAACGACUCCGAAGGGGAGAACGUCGAACGGCGAAACGAGCUGGAAAUCGAACGCGAGCGCGGAAGAAACGCGCGGAAACGAAGGAGGGCGCCGGCGACGAGAUCUGUGCAGAAACGAAGUGCCGACGUGUACGAUCAGAUCGACGAGACGGAUGUCGAGUUCGAGACCAGCGGUCGAGAUAAAAAACGCAUCAGCCUUCGUGAAUUUUGUCGCAAGCAAAAGGUCGAUAAAGCCAGAGCGCGCCCGACAUCUUCCCGCUCGGAUGCGCGAUGAGGCAGAACGAAAAGCUCGUCGCUUUCGUUUCGACAUUAUAUACACAUUUUUGUUUCGCGCAGACCACCGAGGUCUGUUCUCAUCACCGAAGUCUGUAAUCAUUUGUUUAUUUACAUUUUUUGUAAUAUCAUGUAUAUUAUUUAUAUUUUUGUAAUAUCAUUUUUGUAAUUUGCAUUGUUGUAUUAUCAAGAUUGAUUUUGUGCAAUGUUUGCUUAAAAUGCAAUAAAACUA